AUGUCUCUGGAAGGAAUUGAGAACUUUUCCCUUCCGGGCACUCCGGCUAGAUCCAUCACCUUAGCCCAAGGAGACGAUCUUGCCAGCCCAGCAUCCAUCAGAGCCUGGACAAUUCCGCGUAUCACGGCGGAAUUGAAGAGACGGCAGAUCCCCUUCCCCGCCACGGCAAGGAAAGCGGAGUUUUUCCGACUACUACGCACGUCAACCAGUAAUGCGGAGGCAGGGGAAGGACCCAGCCAGUCCAGCACGGGGGAUAUACACGCCAUGCUGGCCUCUUUGAUGACGUCCAUGUCCAGGGUCAACGACAGGUUAGAGAGGCUGGAGUCGGUCACCACAUCCCUCUCCUUGGCAGGGCCACCACCGGCAGCGUCACCGGCACCAUCCGGUUUGCCAGUGGGCGUGCCAUCCAUCAACCCAGAUGACCAAGAAGUCAGCCCGGCGCACAUGAUACCGGAGCACUUGAAAAGGGACAUUCUGGAAGCAUUUAUGUCUCAGCACCCAUCCAGACAUCUCACGGAUUUCCUCGUGGCAGGGCUGACAGAAGGCUUCCACACGGGCAUCCUGCACAUGCCGACAGGCACCCUGGAAUGUCUAAAUCUCCUAUCCGCCCAAGGCAACCCCACCGCAAUUGACGCCCUCAUAGCCCAGGAAGUUGCAGAGGGUUUCGUGCUAGGACCAUUCAAGACACCCCCAUUCACCACAUGGCGCACCAAUCCCAUUGGCAUCGUCACCGGGAAAUCUUCCCAGAAACAGAGGCUAAUCAUCGAUCUAUCGGCACCACACGGCUCAGCCGACCCCAGUCUCAACUCCCUCAUUCCGUCGGAGGAAUUCUCACUCCAAUACACCACUAUAGAUCACGCCAUCACCGCCAUCAGGCAAGCAGGGGUCGGAGCAUGGCUCAGCAAAACCGACAUCGCCAAUGCGUUCAAAUUGCUACCAAUUCACCCAUCGCUGUGGCACCUUCAUGGCAUCAAGUGGUCCGAAAACUAUUAUUUUUCUCCCGGUUGA